GGGUACAGGCAGUGGGGUAGGGUGGGAGGAAACAGAGGCGGUGGGGGCAGUGACCUGGGCUCUGCCUGCCCCCACCCCCUUCUGAUGCCUUUGGUCGCCCCUACCAUCAUGGGCAGUGCUUAUCACUGGGAGGCCCGGCGUAGGCAGAUGGCUUUGGACCGGAGGAGGUGGCUGAUGGUCAAGCACCAGCGGCAGCAGCAGGAACAGCAGGAACAGCAGGAACAGGAGGAACAACUGGAACGGCAGGAGCAACAGGAACUGAAGAAACUCCAAGAGGAGAAAGGCCAAUCUGAGAAAAAAAACCAGUGCCCUCGGGGGUCGCGACAGGAGCAGCAGCCACCACCACCACAGAGGCCACCAGGAGCACAACCACAGCCGCAGGCGCCCCCUGCCCAACCGCAGCCUUGCCGACCGCAGGUCCCGGAGCAGACACAGACUCCACGCGCCGGGCCAUCGCAGCCACCGCAGCCGCCGCAGCAAGGUUUCAAGAAGUCAUUCCAGUCAAAUCCAGAUAAAUACGCAGAGCACUCACGAUUCACGGUGAGACAGUGUGAAAGGCGGGUCGACUCUGGUUGCGUGUUCGACGAAUUACAUGCAGCAGUGGUGAUCCAGAGACAGACCCUCAACCCCACUGGCCAUCAGCAAAAAAAACAGAUGACCGCUUUCUCACCCCCUCCCCGCCCCCAGCAUCUCCACUCCAAAAGUCACCCCCUCCUGAUUCACUCUAGAAGAGGCGGCUAGCUGGGCAUAAAAUGUGAUUUCCUCUUGAAAAGAAUCAAUAGAUUGGUCAGCUCUGUGAGAC